CAUACAAACAUAUAUGUAUGUGGUGUCAGUCAUUCAACAGUCAGAAUAUGGUGUUAUUUUGUUGUACUAAUUUUUUUGCGCGCUACAUUUGCUUAACUUCUUUCCUACUACUACAGUUUGCACACACUUGCAUGGACUGUAGAAACAAGCGGUCGGUCAGGCAAAAGAAAAAAAAAGAAACACAUUGACACUGGGCACACGUGCAUGCUGCCAGUCAGUCAGCCAGCUAGCCAUAUCCAGCAAGCCGUUGUUGACUGUUGUCGUAUCGUCAUAGCCGACGUCGUCGUUGGUGUUGUGUUAUAGUCGUCGUAUAUUUGUUGAACGAAACGAUCCGAAAAAAAGGUUUAUCAAAUUUCGGUUUACAUUUCGUAUUUUAAUAUGUUGCGGGCUUUGCUAACGUAAGGAAGUAACAAACUAAAACACGAAUGACAAAAUUCGAUUCCACCAACGCGCCGCCGUCGCCAAGAAAACAAAACACGCGCCGCCGCUGCCGCCUUCAACACCACGAAUCAACGAACGAUCUUUGUCGAUAGUCAAUAUAGUAGUGUGUUUGUUGUCCAGACUGUGAAUGAGUGAUGUGUGGAGCAAAAACAAAAAAAUGAUGAUGAAGAUGAGUGAGAGUGGGUGUGAGAGUAGUUUUCUAAUGAACGAAACCAAAAUGCAUAACUCAAAUAAUAACAACAACAACAACAUAAUAAAUAAUAAUUUGAAAAGCUGUUAUUAUUACAAUAAUAAUAACCACAUUAAUAUUAAUCAAAAUGCUGUAGUGAACAACAACAGUAAUAUGUUGCCUCAACAAUUGUUGCUGCAACAGCAACAACAACAGCAGCAGCAACAACAAUUGCGUGUUAACAAUUGGGUACAAGAUACAAAUCGUAGCCAAUGUAUUACAACGCAACAACAACUAAUGCAGCAACAGCAAUUCUUGCAGCAGCAGCAGCAAUAUCAUAAUUAUCCUCAACAGCAACAACAACAACCACCUCAAAUAUCGCCAACACCAACAACGAUCUCCUUACCUCCAAUGAAUUUCUAUGCCAAUCAUCAGCAACAACAACAACGACAUCUUCAGUCACAACAACAACAACAACAACAGUCUAUACAUCAGCAUAAUCAUAAUCAACUGUCACAAUGUAUGCAACAAAAUCAACAGCCGCUACAACACCAACAACAAAAUUUAAAAAUCUUACAUCAAACCCCGAAUGCCCAGCCACAGCCACAGAUAUUAACACCCGCCCAUUCACCGGUCAGCACGAAUAUCCGCCAACCAACAGCAUCAGCAGCAUCUCAACAGCAACAACAACCACUACAUCCCCGUCUACAACAACAACAACAACAACACCAGCAAUCAGCACAGCUUGUUUCACAUACAACGCCUAUCCUGCAACAACAACAACAACAGCAGCAUCAAAAUCUUCAAAUGCUAACACAACAUCAGAGAAGGGUAAGUCUCGUAGAAAGCAUUUUGCAGAGAAACCAAUAUUAUGGUAAGUUUUUUUCUUUAAUAGUACAAAUGUCAGGGCUGCUGAGUCACACCUCGACUUCACCUUUCGGAAGAAGGGCGAGCUUCUGAAAUGCUCCGACUCAGGUGAAAGCUUUUUUUUGCCUCAAACACUGCAAGCCACCAAAACAACACAAUCACGAAAUCUCACUCCAAAAAUUUAUUUUAGAAUUUUUUCUCUUUGUAAAAUUGUUGACCUUUGACGUGUCACUUUUCCCCCCAAAACAUGG